UAUUCAUAUUAUGCAGCUAAGAAAUAAAGGAAAGAUAUAAAAGAUAUAAAAGAAAAGAUUAAAUUGUAUCUUUUUUUUCAUUAUUAUUUGUAUUAAAACAAUAUGCCUAACACAAAGAAACCUGAAGAUUUAGAUAUUCCUCCUGCCCAAGUAGUUGGUGGUAUGAGAGUUAAGCAAACGGAUCCCCGUCGUAUUCCCUUGAAGGAGCAAACCAAAGAUACUGUAAAUGAUGAACAAAAUGAAGAUGAGCAACAAGUCCUUGACCAAGAAGAAGAAUUCAUAAAAGAUCAAGAACGUAUGCGUCAACGAGCUCUCCAAGAAAGACAAGCUCGUGAUAUGCAAAGUCAUACUGCCUCUCGUCAAGCCAAUGUUAAUGCAAAUCCUGGCACACAUGUCUCGCAAACUAUUAGGCAAGGUAUUCAACCCAGAUCUUUAAAUCAUUAAGGAAAAGAAGAGAUGAUGAAAAUAUAUACAAUUUUUUUUUUUUGUAAAUAAUUUUUUUUUUCACUUUUCUCUUAAUAAACUGUUGUAUGUAUAAAUUUUGGUUUAUAACACUGUGAACUUUAUAAUUUUUAUCAUAUAAAAAUAGCCUCGCUUUUUUUUAUUUUUU